AUGGAGCUCCCGGAGCUGGAGCAGCUGCCGAAGAAGUCGGUGCGCGAACAGGCCGGACGUGCCUUCCGCCUCCAAGCUGCCGAUGUGGACCGGCAUGCGGAGGAGAACGCUGCCAAGAUAACCGAGCUAUCCUCCAGGUUGGCGGAGGCCGAAAGGGCGGCAGUGGAUGCCGAAGAGGCGAGGGCGAGGGCAGAGGCGGCGAAGGAGGUCGAGCGUCGAUCUCGGGCGACGGAGCUGGAGGAGGCCAAGAAACAGGCCAUAGCUGAGUACCGAAACUUGCCGGAGUUCGUGGCAUUGCUGGACAAGGAAAUGAUGGAGCAAUGCGAGGAUCUCAUCUACCGGUUCAAGCGCUUGAAUGCUGAUAAAAAACUGAACCUGAAAUUCUUCCGGGAUCCGCCGCCGUUGCCCGAGAGGAUAACCGAGGAGAUGGUCGAGGCGUACCUCAGGGAGGAUGCCGAAGUCGAUUCCUCGAGCGACUCAGAAUCGGACGGUGAGGAGGAAGAAACGACUCCCCCUACCGAGCCGUUGAGUGCUCGAAAUGAUGAGGGCGGGCCGGCACAGCCUGAGGCCGAUCCUCCAACUCCUUGA